CUAACGUAAUCGAAUCCGUCAUCACCGAUCUCACCGCUCUCACAUCUCUCAUCUCUUCGAUCACUUACAGUGAUAAAUCUCUCUCAACCCUUUCUUCGAAUCGAUCAACCCAAGCUUCCACGAAGAGUAAGAAGAGGAAUGGCACAAGAAGCAGAUGGGAUCAGAUUAGAGCAAAGACAUGGGAAAGCUCGAGUGAGAGUAGGAAGAGUCUGGCGUCAUGGUCAUGAUGGAUCUCAUUACUUUGUUGAAUGGAACGUUAGUAUUAGUCUUCUCUCUCACUGUCUCUCUUCUUACCAUCGUGAUGAUAACUCCGAUAUUGUCGCUACUGAUACCAUGAAAAACACUGUUUAUGUGAAAGCCAAGGAAUGCGGAGAUCAGCUCUCUGUGGAGGAAUUUGCGAUACUUCUUGGGAAACACUUUUGCUCAUUUUAUCCACAGGUUUUUACUGCUAUAGUAAGUAUCAUUGAGAAGCCUUGGGAGCGUGUAUCAAUCGAUGGAAAACCACAUUUACAUGGUUUCAAGCUUGGAUCAGAGACUCACACUGCAGAGGGACGAGUAGAAAAGUCUGGUGCACUAAACUUAACUUCUGGUAUUGCAGGACUAUCUCUACUGAAGACAACCCAGUCAGGAUUUGAGAGGUUUGUCAGAGACAAAUACACCAUUCUCCCUGAAACUCGAGAGAGGAUGCUGGCCACAGAGGUGAAUGCAUCUUGGAGGUACUCGUAUGACUCAGUUGCAAGCAUCCCAACAAAAAAACUCUUCUUCAGCGAGAACUUCAUGGAUGUAAAGAAAGUUUUGAUGGAAACUUUCUUUGGUCCUCCAGAAACUGGUGUGUAUAGCCCUUCUGUCCAACGCACUCUAUAUCUUAUGGGAAGCGCUGUACUGAGAAGGUUUACUGAUGUAUCAUCGAUUCACCUGAAAAUGCCAAAUAUUCACUUUCUACCUGUUAACCUUUCAACCAAGGAAAACCCUUCAAUGGUGAAGUUUAAAGAUGAUGUGUACCUGCCAACUGAUGAACCUCAUGGAUCUAUAGAAGCAACCAUGAGCCGCAUAACCUCCAAACUAUAAGGUUUAAGACGAUGCAACGACAAACUAAAGACUGUUUCAUAGGUUCUGCAAAACUUUUGGCUUUUUCCUCGUUUAUGAAAUAAAAAGGGCUACACUGUGUUGUAAUUUGUAAUGAUGGUUUCUACUGUUUCAAGCCCAAAGUUUUAUUUGUGUAUGUUCGUAUAAGAUUAUCUCUUCACACCGGUAACAGUCCUUAUAACCUAUAUUCAACUAGCUUCUUUCAAUCAGGCCGAUGUACAAACUGA